GCGUUGAGCAAGUCGGGUCAGAUCGGCCCAGCCAAAUUUCCCGCCCAUUCUUAGCGGGGUAUGUAAUUGUGGAGAAGGGAAGGAAGGAAAAGGUAUCGCAGCAUCGAUGUUUAUCGCACUCAAUACCUCUCUCACCAGCGACGCAAACGUUGAAGACCACAAUGGCAGGCAUCUUCGAUUCUUCCAGCUCUGCUCUUUAAAUCCGCCUUCCCACCAGCAAUGUUCUAGGGUUUCGUCGAUUUCGGAGAGGUGAAGAAAUAGGGUCGUAGGUUUUUAAUUGUCGUCACCAUGGGACAAACUCUCUGCGUUCUACGGGAUAAAGCUCAGGGAAAAUUGCAAGUACGAAGGAUAUGUGAUAAAGUAUUUGAUCAAUUUGCUGACACUAAUCUUUUGUCAUUGGAUAAACUUCAUGUUGCUACCCUAAUGGUGUACAAUUCAGUGAACAAGCAGUUACUUAGUCCUCAUAAGGAACCACCAUCUUUAGAAACUGUCAGAGCUAAAGUGGAGUCCAUUCGUUCAGAAUACAAAGGACUUGACAAAGCCCAGUUCUAUGGUUUGAUCAUGGAAUGGAUUCACAGGGACCUGCGAGUAGUUUUAGCAAACAGGGUGGUACUUUCUCUAUUGGCAGCUCCUCUCAUGGCAAUCAAAACAAAGAGCGCGGCAAUGAAAGUGCGAAGGAUCCGUAAUAUUGCUGAGAAAGUCCCAACUCCCCUCAUUAUUUCUGCCUACUCAGUUGCCCUUGUUCUUCUCCAAGACAGCAGGGUGAAGUAGAAGCCAGUACAAACUAUCAAUUUGAAAUCUGGAAGUGCCAUCACUUUGGAGAAUAAAGAUUUAUUAAGGUGUGGAAUACUUGCUCUAUUUGCAGCUCACAUGUUAUCUGUUGAAUUAUUUAUUGAAGGCUUUAUUUUCUUUUUGUAUCCGGGGGAUAAUUAUGGACAAAAAUAUUGGGUGGGUGGUGUACAUUCAGAAAUAAGAGAAAGUGAAGCAAUAAAGUAAUCAUCGAGGGAGAACUUGUUGAUAUUUACACUCUCUUUCAUCAUUUUAUUCAAUUUUUCUUUUAUUAGUAUGUUACCUAUGGAAUAUUGACCCUU